CAUCGUGUGCCACGUGCUUCCUCAGUCUCAGCGCGAAUGGUUGAAAGAUGCACAGGGGCCCCCCCACACUUUUAAAUAUCGAGCACCGUUUGUGAGACAUGGAUUCGGAGAGUGACUUGAAUCCUGACACGGAUGACCUUCCACUCUGUGCUAACACCAACCACAUCCUGGUGAAGCACUACGUUCUGGACCUGACCGUCUGCUUUGAAAGGAAGGUCAUCAGUGGCAGCAUUGUUCUGUUUCUGGACCCUUGCUCUGGAUCAACCGAGAAAGAUGUGCGUGAGAAAACCUGCUCGGAAUCCAGUUCAGCAUCUAUGGAUCCAGAGGUUGAAUCCAGGGAAGGAUCUGUGAAGAAGCACGAUGACAUGGAGAAGCUCUCACGCUCGUGGGAACUCUCUAAUGACGGAGAUUUCACCUUAGUGCUGGACUGCUGUGACCUGGCUGUGUCAAAGGUGGAAGAAGUGGACGUUUCUCAUGUGUCUGACAUCGGAUCUGAAAAGGCAGGGGUCUCGUCUUUGACCCAGAAUGCUACUCUGGUUCAGAACAUCCUCUCCAUGCCCUCCACUCGGUGGAGACAGCAGCACCAAAUGUUUUCUCUCUGCAGCCGAGCGCCUGGGGUUCAAGGCGACAGCUCACUGCGGUUCCAUACAAACCGCUGGAGCCUUCAGGUGAGGAAGAGGCACGUCUCAUCCUCGCAAGACUUCCCCAGGGUGCUCAGGGUCUUUUAUGAGACGAGGCCUGAAGGUGGCUCUGUAAGGUGGACCCGGGAUCAGGACGACAGGGCAUGCGUUUACACUGCCGGCUCGCCCAUCAACAACCGGGCCCUCUUCCCCUGCCAGGAGCCACCUGUUGCCAUGUCAACGUGGCAGGCGAUCGUUCGGGCCCCCAGUGACUGUGUGGUUCUGAUGAGUGGAGAGGAGGCGGUGAAACCGACAGAGGACUCGGAUUGUCUCAUCUGGAAUUACUAUGUCACCAUGCCCAUGCCCGCCUCCACCUUCGCCCUGGCUGUGGGCCACUGGCGCCAAGUAACCGACGAAAAUUCCCCAACUUUGGAAAAAGAGUCGGGGAACCGGUUGCACUGCGGAACGGGGGAAAACUUUGGAGCUGAGACCAGUGCUUUGUCCACACUUGGAAAUUCCACCAGAGGAGAAGUAAAGGUCUCCACGCUGCAGCCUGGCAGGGGACACCAGACCUCCCGCUCGCCCCCCUUGUCAUCUCACCCUUCCCUGGAGGAGAAGACUUCACAUUGCUCAGCCGUAGUGGAUGACAGCAUUCCUUGUUCCCAUGGCGACUACCCUUGCCGAGUCGCUGAGAGCUCUGUGAGGUCCCAGCAGGUGAUUCCACACCGUGUGUUUGCCCCAGACAGCCUGCUGCACAAAGCCCAGAUUGGAAUCUUGUCUCUUCUGCCAAAAUGCUUGGAAGCAGCCUUUGAGGUUCUAGGGGUCCAUCCCUUCUCCCGUCUCGAUGUUCUCGUCGUUCCUGCAGGGUUCUCCAGCCUGGGAAUGGCCAGCCCACAUAUCGUUUUUCUGUCCCAGAGUGUGCUCAAUGCAGGAGGGUCUGGUUCUGGGGAAAAGGCAGUGGCUCUGUGUGGGUCAAGGCUAUGCCAUGAGAUUGCCCACUCCUGGUUCGGGCUGGUCAUUGGAGCCAGAGACUGGACUGAGGAAUGGAUCAGCGAGGGCUUCGCCACCUAUCUGGAGGACGUGAUCUGGGCUCGAGCACAGCAACUUUCGUUUGAGGAUGCAGCAGAACAGUCGAGUUUAAAGGCUCUGCUCAGAUGGAGAAGACUUUCUGACGAGUUGCAGAACUCACAGGAAGAACUUCAAAUCCUCAGGCCAAACAUGGAGAGAACAGGUCAGGUCAGUGACUCCGGCUCCUCCACCGUCAAACAUGCCCUCAACCCGGACAAGUCCUUCAUGCAAGUCCAUUACCUCAAGGGCUAUUUCCUGCUCAGGUUCUUGGCCAGCCAAGUGGGGGAGCAACAAUUCAUCAACUUCUUCAGGUUAUUUGUGCAGAGAUACCACGGGCAGCUAAUUCUCUCCCAGGACUUUCUUCACAUGCUGCUGAUUACCUUCCCUGACAUUGAAAGGCGAGGCUUAACGCUGAGUGCGAUUUAUGCCGACUGGUUGGAUCGGCCUGGAAUUCCAGAGUGGCUGUACGAACGGAGCGCCGUGUGGUCACAGACGAGGCUGGUGGAAGAAGUCAAAGCCGAGGUUGUAAAAUGGAUUCUCCCCAGUCACAGGCAUCAGGGGAAGGGCAGAAAGCGGAAGCAAUCGGAGCCCAAGGUGAAACACAAAGAGGUGACGUCAGAUCAACUGGUGCUGCUGUUGGAGUUCCUGCUGGAGGAAGCCAGGCUGAGCGCGGCGAAGAUGCGCGCGCUGGCGCAAACCUACGCCCUGCAGAACCAAGACGCUGAGCUGCACUGAAGUUUGAGUCGAGGAUCAUGGAACGUUACCUUUGGCCAUUUCUCAUCUGAGGAUUCCACACUUCCACCUCCUCCACCUUCACCUACCCAGCACACCCAUCCUCUUCACUUACCGUAUCCAUGAACCAAACUGCAACUUUUUUGCACUGUAGACAUUAGCUGCGAGCGUCGUAUACCCUUAACCGUCUUUUCCUUUGCAAACCCUCCUCCACGACUAAGGGCACAAACCCCAAUACGAGUUUACCAGGAGGAGGAGUCCAUUCAUCGACCACAGACUUGGGGUGGAAAGAUGUCUCCUUCCCCUCAACCUAGACCAUUACAGGGUCUAAUCUGGGUUAAGCUGGGAACAGGACUUUCAUCCUCAGAAAGCCGUCACUCGUUGCUGUAAUUGACCUCGCGGCAGCAGAACCGAAGCCACUUAGUUAUCGGCCUCGGGUUUGUCUCCUCGGUGGAACUUCCUGGCAGAUGAAAGGAAAAUCGGAUCUGCAAUUUCCAGGAAAAACAUGAUGGUGUUGCUAAAAAUACACGGCGCCAUUAUGCGCAUAGCCAUGCAUGGGAAAGCGCACUUGAACGCGCGCGCACACACACCUGCACGCUGUCCCUGGAGGCAAUGGUCCAGUCCUAAUGUAGCUGCUCUCAUUCAGAGCAGGUCAAUCACCUGCGUCGCCUCCUAUAAAUGUGCCCAUUUGUUCUGCUGCCUUUCUGCUUUUCUCUCCCUUUUGCUCUCUGUUGUGACCUCAUCUCACCUGUGCUGGAGAUUGAUGAUCCAUAUCGUGUUUUCGGAUAAACAUUGGCCAGUAAAGGAGGCCGCUAAAGAGCCACUCAAUGACCUCAGGGUGAGAGAAAGCAUGGUAUGAUCCAGCAAUUAUGGAAUCUGAAAGGGAGUAAUCACAUAUUGACCCACUUGGGCUUGAUGUUUGAUGAAACGUACCAUGCUCGCUGCCAAAGAAUUCUCCUCAUGCAGAACAUGUGACGGGAGAGGAACAUUAAAAUGAGUCAGCCAAACAGUUCAAGUAUAAAUGUCAGGCUCAUGUAAGAACGUGUCUGUACCACAACGUUUGUCUGCUGUGAAGUAGUUACUUCUCAUGUCAGACUUACAUUUCUUUUGGUCCCCAUAUGAGUACGUUGGCCACCUUGACCAAUACAAUUCGGACUCCUCCUUGACUCAACUGGUUUGGGAACUUUUAGGAGCACAGCUCAUGUGACUCGAGGGCCCCAGCUUAUUCAAUCGCAAGUCUCAGAGACCUUCACAGCUUUGUAGACCGUGAGUAAUAUCUUGGAAACUUUGACCCGCAGCAGGCCGGGUGUCAUGGUGUCUUCUAGCAGCAGCGAUAGAUUUUAAAAUGGAGACUGUUUCAGAGACAUAUCCUCCGUUAGAGCACUUCUGUUCUGUCGGUUGCCGUGAUGUUCACAGUCCGCUGACGCUGGUGUGGCGUGCCAGCCUCCACAUGCGUGACGUGCCCUGCAGUCAAAGGAAAUGUGUGGCGGACCACAAGUUUGCCUUUGUCGACGGUGGCCAUACGUACGUGUAAAGCGGCAGCAUGUGUUCGCAUGUAAGAGACGCCGUGCGUGACUCUGGUCCACUUCCUUUCAUAUGAGCCUUGUGAUGGAGAGGAGGGGGACGUGUGCGUCCAUAUUUUAUUACAUUAGUCCAGUCUUGUUCACAAGGGCCUUUGUUUCCGAACCACACGUUUGAGCUUGAGCAAACAAGAGGUGGCUGCCUCAAUGUCACCCUGACGAAAUAUUCACAAAUUGAAAUUCAGAAAAGGAACUAUAAUCACAAGUGAGUAGUUAAAAUAUAUAUAUACACAACCUGAGUCUGAAACUGCCCAGUACAGUAAAUAUCAUUUACAGUUCUAAAAUGCUUUUUUUAUGCAGAAAAAUACAAAUGAAUGAAACCUCAAUUUUAAAAGAAAGUGUGAUGUAUUUUAUGAUAGUGGAUAAUUAUAUAAAAAAGAAACAAAAUCAAAGAAAAUAAAAGCAAACUGUUGAAGAUAGGUAGAAGUUAUGAUAAAAUAUGACAAGAUUGGUAUUAUUAAAAUGUAAAUAGCAUACUCUUCCUUUUUUAGGUAUCUAAUUACUGCGCUUAAAACAUAUCCACAAAUAUGAAUCAUAAAUAAUUUCCACCAGGAGUAUCUCAGUAUCACAAAAAUAGCAAUAUAUUUCAGCUUGUUUAGUUUCACAAUGAUCUCGUGGGGUUCCCAGGAAUGUGGCCACACUUUGCUCAGAGGUCACAAGGGUGCGCGUUAUCAUAAGAGAGGAUGACGCAAAGUUGAAGGCUUCACAUUCUCCGACCACUUCCAAAGGUUCUGCCUGUCCAAUGACAAAAAAAUAAAAAAUCCCUCACACGUACCUGCUCGCUUUGACUCCCGAGGGCAUGUACAGUCAGCACAGUAGAUCUACAGUAUAUUGGCUACAGGAGAGUCCAAACAUCACCGAUCAUGUUCAUUCUGUUCCAAAUAUCUUGAGAUAUUGUUCAUAUCACUUCAGUCAUACUUUGGGUUGGUCAUCUUUAAUAUGAAAUUCUUUGUUGAGUUAUGGAGGCAAGAAAAGCUGCCCAUCACAUGUGUCUAACUGGCACGCACACACACACAGUGUGUCUGUAAAUGCUGUGAAGACAGAGGGAGUGUGUAG